UCCCACCCUACAGUUUUGUGGAGGUUCAACUAAUUUAAACUAAAUUUUAAUUUGAUGAUAUGGCAAGGAAAGCGGCAACCUUGGCAGUAGCUGAACUACAUUAUUGUCAAAUUGCUUUGUGCAAUUCAAAUUGUUUCAACAAUAUCUCAAUUAUGUGUUUGCUCCCACUUUUUCUAUUUGCUUUCUCAGGUAUAGGCAUCGCUACCUCACGCACAAUCAUCACAUCUAUACCCGGUUUCAAUGGAACUCUACCCUUCACACUCGAAACAGGAUAUGUGGGUGUAGGUGAAUUGGACGACGUGCAACUGUUUUACUACUUCGUCGAAUCUCAGAGGAACCCAGAACAAGACCCUCUUUUGCUUUGGCUCACCGGUGGCCCUGGCUGUUCCACUCUCUCUGCAUUCUUUUAUGAAAGCGGUCCGGUAAUAUUCAACACUGAUGGUUAUAAAGGGGGCUUACCAACACUUAGUUUAAAUGAUUAUGCCUGGACGCAGCGCCUCAACAUAAUAUAUCUAGACGCACCUGUUGGCAGUGGAUUCUCUUACUCAACAAGCCAACAAGGUUACUAUAUAGAUGAUUACAAAUCAUCAGCGCAAACCUAUCAAUUUCUAAGGAAGUGGUUGAUAGAUCAUCCACAAUUCUUGGAAAAUAAUCUCUACAUCGGUGGUGAUUCCUAUUCAGGCAUACCUGUUCCCAUGCUCGUCCAAGAGAUUAUAAGCGGUAAUGGAGCUGAAAAGGAGCCAUUCAUGAAUCUCCAAGGGUACGUUCUUGGAAACCCAGUGACCGAUUCAUAUAUUGAUGACAAUUCUAGAAUUCCAUUUGCUCACCGGCUGACACUUAUUUCCGAUGACCUUUAUCAGUCAGCAAAAACGAGUUGCAAUGGAGAUUAUGUGAAUGUGGUCAAUGAACAAUGUGAAUCAGCCAUUGAAGCAAUCGAUGAGUUGGUCCGUGACAUAAAUUUAGUGCAGGUUCUGGAUCCUUAUUGUGGUGAAGCAUCAGCAAGACCUCAUGAAUUAAGUUGGCGUCGAAGAUCUCUCAAAGAGCACUCCAAAAGUUCUCUCCUUUGGCAACCUAAUGAUUCUGCAUACUAUUGUCAUGAUUAUGUUUAUGUGCUCUGUGCCGUAUGGGCAAAUGAUAAAGGUGUUCGAAAAGCACUUCAUGUUCGAGAGGGGACGAAAGGAGUUUGGGAGAGGUGCAACGGUAGUUUGGCUUAUACAAAGGAUGUAACAAGUAGUGUAGCGUAUCAUCAAAAUCUAACAUCAGCAGCACUCAGAGCUUUGAUAUACAGUGGCGAUCAUGAUAUGUCGGUUCCACAUAUUGGUACACAAGAAUGGAUAGGCUCCCUCAAUUUAACCGUUGGUAGUGUUUGGCGAGCAUGGUUUGUUGAUGGCCAGGUUGCAGGAUACGUUAAGAAGCUUACAGAAAAUAACUUUGCCUUGACAUACGCAACUGUGAAGGGAGCGGGUCAUGUUGCGCCAGAAUACAAGCCCAAGGAGUGUUACACCAUGCUAGACAGGUGGUUUGCAUAUUAUCCUCUCUAAUGAAAAGCAGGAGCAAUGUGAUACCGUGAAUUAAAUAAUGUACCAAUCAGUAUUGGGUCGCAUCUGUUCGCAAAUUUUUUACUUCAGUUUGAGUAAUUUUUUAUUUUUUAUAUUUUGGGGAAGGUUUAAGUUUGAGUAAAUUUCAUGCAUCAUGUUGUGUUUGCAAUUCUGAAUUUAAACCCCUAAUUUAGAUAGAUUUUCUCGUUUGAGCCUA